AUGCCUACCGUCAGAGCAACACGACAGCGUGCUGUCACGAACGAGAACGAUGAAAACGCCGGUCCUACGCGUAUGACGCGUGCUAAGGCUGCCGGCCUGAGCGCGACUGAACACGCUGGUGACGUGCCUAAGAAGACCCUGGCCACCAAGAAGUCCACUGCCACACUGAAUGGAGCUGCAAGGACACGAACAACGCGUGCCGCCCUCGGCGAUGUCAGCAACACCAUCAAGGUUGAGGGUCUCGCUGCCGGCGUGAAGGAUGGCAAGAAGCCUGCCGCCGCCAAGGGUGCUGUCGCCAAGGCUGCACGUCCCACUGGUGUUCAGAAGGCAUCUCAGGCCGAGAAGGCGCGUCCUGCCCUGGCUUCUAAGCCGCCCAAUAAGCGCAUUGCCCCUGCCGAUGCCAACAAGCCCGCCGGAAAGAAGCUGAAGCCACCCCCAGUGGUGGUGGAGCAGGACACAGAAGAGGAGGAGGAGAAUGUUGUACCAAAGGAAGAGGAGAAGCCCACCAAGUCGAAGAAGGAGGUCGCUGCUGCCAAGGUCGAGGUUGUCGAGGAGGAGCUCAAGACUAAGCGCGAGGAGAUCGUCGAGGUCUUCGAGGAGGAAGUCGUUGACCUGGACAAGGAAGAUGUCGACGACCCAUUGAUGGUCUCGGAGUACGUCGUCGAAAUCUUCGAGUACCUGAAAGAGCUCGAGAUUGCUACCAUGGCAAACCCCGACUACAUGGACAGCCAAAGCGAGCUUGAGUGGAAGAUGCGUGGUAUUCUGGUCGACUGGUUGCUCGAGGUCCACACUCGUUUCCGUCUCCUGCCUGAGACUCUCUUCCUUGCCGUCAACAUCAUCGACCGCUUCCUGUCCAGCAAGAUUGUUCAGCUCGACCGCCUGCAGCUGGUUGGUGUCACCGCCAUGUUCAUCGCCUCCAAGUACGAGGAGGUCCUCUCGCCCCACGUUCAGAACUUCCGCCACGUUGCCGACGACGGCUUCACUGAGGAGGAGAUUCUCAGUGCCGAACGCUUCGUCCUCUCCGCUUUGAACUACGAUUUGAGCUACCCCAACCCCAUGAACUUCCUCCGCAGGAUUUCCAAGGCCGAUAACUACGACAUCCAGACCCGUACCCUCGGCAAGUACUUGCUCGAGAUUGGUUGCCUUGACCAUCGCUUCCUUGCCCACCCUCCCAGCCAGGUUGCUGCCGCCGCCAUGUACCUUGCCCGCCUGGUACUUGAGCGUGGGCCUUGGGACGCUACUCUCGUACAUUACUCUGGCUACAGUGAGGAGGAGAUCCAGCCUGUCCUGCACCUCAUGAUCGACUACCUGUCCGGUCCUGUUCUCCACGAGGCAUUCUUCAAGAAGUACGCCAGCAAGAAGUUCCUGAAGGCAUCCAUUGUCCUUCGCAAGUGGGCCAAGGAAUACGUUGUCGAAUAUGGUAACGUCCUGCAAGAAGAGUCCUCGCAGCCCCGUAGCAAGCGCUAA